AUGUCUGGAAAUUUUCAAGUCCCAAAAUCAAUUAUAACUUAACUUACAAAAGAAGAAUAAGUAGAUAUUCUUUAUAAACCUUAUCACAGAUUAAUAGAUUUUUUUUUUGGAUAUGCAGACAUCGAAAUUAAACUUACUAAUAUCAAUCCAAUAUUGUAAUCUCAUUUGGGUGAAAUUUAUUCAGAAAUCUAACAAUUGAAAUUAAAAAUAUAAGAAAGUGAUAUGGAAGAUUAUUAUCGUGAAAAUAGGACUUACUAAGUUAAAGAACAAUAGGAAAACAAUAUUUCAUAAUUGGAUAAAAUGGUUAUUUUACAUAGUCUAUUUAUUGAAAAUCUUUACCAAGAGGCUGAAAAUCACAAAUCCAAAAUAUUAAUUAACUACCAAAAAUAUCAAUAUAAAAUAAAUCCACUAGACCCAAAAAGUGAAGGAUUUGCAAAAAAAUUUUAUUCUAUUUUCUAAAAAACAUGGGAUAAUUACACUAUAUUGAUANAUAGAAGGAACUAAUAACGUGAGAUCUAUGAAUAAAGGCCUUCAAAUUAAUAUUAUGAUUAAUAUAUUGAAAAAAAACCUGAUGAAAGUAAUAAUCAAAAAAUGAAUUCACAGGUAUUUGAAUCGCAGCCUCAAUAUCCUUAAUAUAAUUAAAAGAAUCAUCAGUAAUAAGAAUAUUAGUUUAAUUAUAACUAUUCCAAAAAUUCAUAAAUUACCUAAUAAUAAUAAUAAUAAUAAUAAUAAUAAUAAUAAUAAUAAUAAUAAUAGUAAUAGUAAUAUUAAUAAUAAUCAUACUAAUAAUAAUUGUAAUACCCUCUAUAAUAAAUCUAACUUGCACCUCCACUUUAACCUACACCUAAUAAUUAAAAUUAAUUCUAAAUAAAUUAGUAGUUUUAACAAAAAUAAGAAUAACCAUACUCAUAAUAAAUGAUAUAAUAUCCUUAAUCUUCAAGAAUUAUAUAUUAAGGAGAUAAUUAAUUAAAUAAUUAAAAUUAAAAUGAAUCUGGCUUUAUAGAUGUUUAAAUUAAUUAAAACAAUUAAUAAUAAAAAUAUAAUACUUAAAUGUCUGGAAAUUUUCAAGUCCCAAAAUCAAUUAUAACUUAACUUACAAAAGAAGAAUAAGUAGAUAUUCUUUAUAAACCUUAUCACAGAUUAAUAGAUUUUUUUUUUGGAUAUGCAGACAUCGAAAUUAAACUUACUAAUAUCAAUCCAAUAUUGUAAUCUCAUUUGGGUGAAAUUUAUUCAGAAAUCUAACAAUUGAAAUUAAAAAUAUAAGAAAGUGAUAUGGAAGAUUAUUAUCGUGAAAAUAGGACUUACUAAGUUAAAGAACAAUAGGAAAACAAUAUUUCAUAAUUGGAUAAAAUGGUUAUUUUACAUAGUCUAUUUAUUGAAAAUCUUUACCAAGAGGCUGAAAAUCACAAAUCCAAAAUAUUAAUUAACUACCAAAAAUAUCAAUAUAAAAUAAAUCCACUAGACCCAAAAAGUGAAGGAUUUGCAAAAAAAUUUUAUUCUAUUUUCUAAAAAACAUGGGAUAAUUACACUAUAUUGAUAGAAUCAUGUAAAUCAGAAUUUGAAGCUAUUUCAAAAAUCAAACUAUUAAAAGUACCUAGAAUCAAUCAAUCAUUUUGCAAAGAACUUGGUUUACAGAAACCAAUUAUAAUUUUGGCAUCUGAACUUAAUCUAAUAACCUUGAAAGAUACAUAAAUUUUAUAUAAUGCUGGAUUGGCAUUAUAAAAAAAAAAUAAGGAAAUAUUUAUUAUAAAUUCAUUUGAUUAAGUUUAAAAUGAGAGCAUCUCAGUUUUAUAAAAGAAACUAUAGAAUUUUCUUCAGGAUCCCUAAUAUAUAAAAAAUGUUAAAGAAAAUUUUGAUAUUGAUUGUUACCCACAAAAGGAUAUUAAUGAGAUUGACAAAUGUAUACAAGCAUUAUAAGCACAAGAAUUUAUAGAAAUAACAGUUACUACACCAAUAUUUAAUUUAUAAAAUAAAGGAAAGUACUUAGUAUAAGCUGAAUUGUAAUUAUGGAUAGAAGGUUAUUAAACAGAAAAUAUUAUUAAUUAGAAACUUAAAUUAAUUAAAUAAAAAUUAAAUGAAAUCUACAAUCCACCAGUUAUUAUUAAGAUCAUAGAUAAAGAACAAAUAAAGUUAUGGAAUAAAUAUUUAGGUUAGCUCUUUGAAAAUUAAAAUAAUUCAAAAGAAUGUAUUACAAAAGAAGAUAAGGAUGAAUUAACAAUAGAGCUUAAUGGUCAUUAAGAUGUAAUUUACGAAAAAAAAGACAAAAUAGAAACUUUAUUAUAAUAAUUUGAAUGUAAGAUUAUAAAAUAUGAAUGUGAUAAAGAUGUUUUAAAGGUAUUAAAGAGUAAGUUAAAUUCAAUUUCAAAAUUAUUUAGAGGAAUUUUUAAUGAGAUUGCUUCUGAAUUUGGAUAAUGUUUAAUUUAAUUGAUUGAUAUUGAUUAAAAUACAGAAUCUGUUAUGAUUGAAGUAUAUUUUAAUCCAGAGGUAUUCAAAUUUACAAAUAUAAAUACAAAAGUUAGUGAAUUUUUAGAAAAUUUAGAUUAUCAUUAAUUCUCAAAGAUAAAUUAUAAAGAUUUUUUAUCAUUUUAAGGACUGAAAGAGAUUUAAUUUGAACAGUAAUAUUAAGUUGUGGUAGCAAUAUCAAAUAAGUAAAAAGAUUUUGAGAUUAUUGGAAGAAAAGAGAAUUUAGAAGAAAUAAAAUAAAUGUUAAAGUAGUUUGAAUAAUCAAAGAAAGAGAAUUAAACAUCAACAAUUAUUGAUUGUGAUAAUAAAUUGAUUUUUAAUAAAAUUAAAUCGUAAAAUGUCAAUAAUAUGUAAUAAAAUAAUGUUGAUGAUGAAAAUAAGGUAGUGAUCAGUUUUCCUUAAGAUAAUAAGAUAAUGUUAUAAGCAUCUAAAAAGCAGAUUUAAUAAGAAAAAGAGAAGAUAAUAAAAAAAAUCCAAGAAUUAAAAAAUUAAUUGGUAAUCAAACCUUGUUAAUUUUCUGACAAAGAAGUCAAAUUUAUUUAUAAAAACUGUAAAUAAGUAUUAGAAAAAUUAGAAAAAAACAAUGAAAUACUAAUUUCUACUUCAACUUAAACUUAAGGAUCAUCUUAAUCAGAGAAAUCAGCAGCAUGUACAUUGGAAUAUUAAAAUAAAAAGAUUUAAAUAAUUUAUGGUGACAUAUCAACUAUUUAAUGUGAUGCAAUAGUGAAUUCUUGUAAUAAUAAAAUGUCUUUUGGUAAUUCUUUAUAAUUGACUGGUGUUGCUUAAAGUAUCUUUUAAUUAGGAGGAACAUAAUUUUAAUCAGCUUGUUAGGAUUACAUUAGAAAGUAUUAUGAAUUAGAAACAGGAGUUGUUUUCACUUAUAAGAUGCCAAAUGAUCGAUAGAUUAAAUAUAUACUUAAUGUAGCUACACCAGUAUACUCUUAAGGAUAAGUGACAGAUGAUGAUUUGUUAAUCAUUUAAGAAAACAUUUAGGCAAUAUUUAAAGAAAUUAAAGAUUUAGAUAUAAAGACUUUAACUCUUCCUAUAUUUGGAGGUGGAGCAUGUGGAUAUAGUUAUAAUUAAGUUGCUUAAGUCGUUUUGAAUACUACAAUAAAUUAAUUGUAUUUUUAAAAGAAUACAAUUGAAACUAUUUACAUAGUAGAGUUGAUAGAUAUAAGAGUUGAUUGGUUGACUAAAAUACUCAAUAAUUUAUUAAAACCACCUGUUAAGGAGAGGGAAGUAAAAUAUUAAUGGUAAUGGUAAGAUAAUCACAAUUUUUAAGAUUAUGAUGAUGAUGAGAUUAAUAAAUAGAUUGAUGAAGCAUAUGAAUAAUUCUUAUAUACAGGUAAAGAAUAGAAAGUAUUAUUGAAUUUUCCAUAUUCAAAAUAACCUGGAACUCAUACUAUUAAUUUAGAAAACUAAACAAUUACAGAUAUCUCAUUAAAAACUACAAAAAAAAUAAUUACAAAAAAUAUAUUUAAUUCAAAAAGAUUUUAUUUUGAUGAGGAUAUAGUAGAUGAUUAAUUAAAUGAAUAUUUGCUACUUUAAGAAAUGAAUAAUAUUAAUAAAUUUGACAUUUUUUUCAAAAAACAUUUUGUAGAAUUUAAGAUUGGAGGAAUGUAUUAAAUGAAUUAAGAAACUUAAUAUAAGAGAUAAAUAAAAUUUGUUUUAUAUUAACCAAAAAAAAGUAAGGCAUAAAUUAAAAGUAAUAAAUUAGUUGGUAAGAAUUUUAAUUUAAUUGAAACUUAGAACCAAAUUUUAAAAUUAGUUUAAUAAAAAUCUAAUUAUGAUUAAUUAACACUAUAAUCUUUUGAUGGGUCUCUUAAUGAAACCAUUUAUAAAAUUAUUAAAUCUGAAUUAGAUAAAUCAAAAUUAGAAUAUAAAUUUGAUGUUCCUAAUAUUUCAGAUGCUGGACUUAAGGAAUUAUAAUUAUUUAUUUAAUAAAUUGCAUUAUCUAUUAAUGGUAAAUUUAAAUAAGGGGAAAAGAUUUCUAUUAAGAUUUUUGAAAAAAAGUAAACUAAGAUUAUUAAUUAUAUUAAAUCAAUAAAAAUCUAAGAAAAAUCAUAUCCUGAAACUUGGAAACCAUAAAAUCAAAAUAUGGAGAAAGUUCUAUUAAGAUCAGACUCAGAUGAAUACUAAAAAAUAUAAACCUUAUUUAGAAAGACUGAUAAUGGAAAUAUAUAUGAAAUUUAUAGAAUUUAAAAUAAAUCCUUAUGGGAUAAUUACAUUGCCGAAAAAAAUAAAUUAAUAGAAAUACAUAAAUAAUAAGGGAUAAUAUUAUCACCUAUUCAAACAGAAAGAUACUUAUGGCAUGGAGUUAGAUAAUCACAUCCUUAAAUUAUCUAUUCAGGUUUAAAAGAAGCAUUUGAUUAAACAUACAGCAAUGUAAUUAUUAAUUUAAAAAUAGGUUGGUAUGUGGGGUGCUGGUAUCUAUUUUGCAGAAAAUGCUAGUUAUUCUAGAAAUUAUUCUUAUUAAUUUUAAUUAACAGAUGGUUAACAAAAUAUUGGUAAGUUAGUAUUUUUAUGUUGUUUGGUGACAACUGGAAAAGUUGAAAUAAGACAACCAGAUGGCGCUAUUAAAAGACCAUCAUAAGGUUUUGAUUGUAUUUAAGGUAAUACUAAUGGAAGUGAUGUAUUUAUACUAUACUCAAUGGACAUAAGAAGAGCAUAUCCAGCAUACGAGGUAAUCUAUAAAUGA